AUGCGGCCCAGCCCAAUGGCCGCCAGUAGCAACACUGCCAGGGAAGCCCUGUUCCUCCCACUGGUGUGCACCUCCACCCACAGCCUCUCCGUGGCCCAAGGGCCCAGCGCCAGUCUGCCAGUCGCCAGUUGUCAGCUCGCUCCCCUCCUGCCCAGGGUGGGGGAGUGGGGGAGCACCCAGGAAAGAAAGCGGGCGGCCAUGGACGAGUGCACGGACGAGGGCGGGCGGCCGCAGCGCUGCAUGCCAGAGUUCGUCAACGCCGCCUUCAACGUGACCGUGGUAGCUACCAACACGUGUGGGACUCCGCCUGAGGAGUACUGUGUGCAGACCGGGGUCACCGGGGUGACCAAGUCCUGUCACCUGUGCGACGCCGGGCAGCCCCACCUGCAGCACGGGGCAGCCUUCCUGACCGACUACAACAACCAGGCCGACACCACCUGGUGGCAAAGCCAGACCAUGCUGUCCGGGGUGCAGUACCCCAACUCCAUCAACCUCACGCUGCACCUGGGAAAAGCAUUUGACAUCACCUAUGUGCGCCUGAAGUUUCACACCAGCCGCCCUGAGAGCUUUGCUAUCUACAAGCGCAUGCGCGAGGAUGGACCUUGGAUACCGUACCAGUACUACAGCGGCUCCUGCGAGAACACCUACUCCAAGGCCAACCGUGGCUUCCUCAGGACCGGAGUGGACGAGCAGCAGGCCUUGUGCACCGAUGAAUUCAGUGACAUUUCUCCCCUCACUGGGGGCAAUGUGGCUUUCUCAACCCUGGAAGGCAGACCCAGUGCCUACAACUUUGACCACAGCCCUGUGCUGCAGGAAUGGGUAACUGCCACUGACAUCAGAGUAACUCUGAAUCGCCUGAACACUUUUGGAGAUGAAGUGUUUAAUGAUCCCAAAGUCCUCAAGUCCUAUUACUAUGCAAUCUCUGAUUUUGCUGUAGGUGGCAGGUGUAAAUGCAAUGGACAUGCCAGUGAGUGUGUGAAGAAUGAAUUUCACAAGGUGGUGUGUAACUGCAAACACAACACAUAUGGAGUAGACUGUGAGAAGUGCCUUCCUUUCUUCAAUGACCAGCCAUGGAGGAGGGCAACUGCUCACAGUGCCAGCGAAUGCUUGCCUUGUGACUGCAAUGGCCGAUCACAGGAAUGCUACUUUGACCAUGAAUUGUACCGUUCCACUGGCCAUGGUGGCCACUGUACCAACUGCCGUGAUAACACAGACGGUGCUAACUGUGAGCGGUGCCGGGAGAACUUCUUCCGCCUUGGGAACCAUGAAGCCUGCUCUCCAUGCCACUGCAGCCCCGUUGGUUCUCUCAGCACACAGUGUGAUAGUUAUGGCAGAUGCAGCUGUAAGCCAGGAGUGAUGGGUGACAAGUGUGACCGCUGCCAGCCUGGAUUCCAUUCUCUCACUGAGGCAGGAUGCAGGCCAUGCUCAUGUAAUCCUUCUGGCAGCACAGAUGAAUGUAAUGUUGAAACAGGAAGAUGUGUUUGCAAAGACAAUGUUGAAGGCUUCAGUUGUGAGAGAUGCAAACCUGGAUUUUUUAAUCUGGAAUCAUCCAAUCCGAAGGGUUGUACGCCCUGUUUCUGCUUUGGACAUUCUUCUGUCUGUACAAAUGCGGUUGGCUACAAUGUUUAUGACAUAUCUUCUACUUUUCAGAUUGGUGAGGAUGGGUGGCAUGUAGAACAGAGAGAUGGCUCAGCAGCAUCUCUGGAAUGGUCCUCUGAGAGGCAAGAUAUCUCUGUGAUCUCAGAUAGCUACUUCCCUAGGUACUUCAGUGCCCCUGCAAAGUUCUUGGGCAAUCAGGUGCUGAGUUAUGGUCAGAACCUCUCUUUCUCCUUCCGAGUGGACCGACGAGACACACGCCUCUCUGCAGAAGACCUCCUGCUUGAAGGAGCUGGCUUGAGAGUGUCUGUGCCCUUGAUUGCUCAGGGCAAUUCCUAUCCCAGUGAGACCACUGUGAAGUAUGUCUUCAGGCUCCAUGAAGCAACAGAUUACCCAUGGAGACCUACUCUUACCCCUUUUGAGUUUCAGAGGCUCCUAAACAACUUGACUUCUAUUAAGAUCCGUGGAACAUACAGUGAGAGAAGUGCUGGAUAUUUGGAUGAUGUCACCCUGGCAAGUGCUCGUCCUGGGCCUGGGGUCCCUGCAACCUGGGUGGAGUCCUGCACCUGCCCAGUGGGAUAUGGAGGACAGUUUUGUGAGAUGUGCCUCUCAGGUUACAGAAGAGAAACUCCGGGUCUUGGACCAUAUAGUCCUUGUGUGCUUUGUACUUGCAAUGGACACAGUGAGACGUGUGACCCUGAAACAGGUGUGUGCAACUGCAGAGACAACACGGAUGGUCCCCACUGCGAGAAGUGUAGUGAUGGCUACCAUGGAGACCCAACCGUGGGUACCUUCUCUGACUGCCAGCCUUGUCCAUGUCCUGGGGGCUCAAGUUGUGCUGUUGUCCCCAAGACAAAAGAGGUAGUGUGCACCAACUGUCCGGUUGGCACCACUGGUAAGAGAUGUGAGCUCUGUGAUGAUGGCUACUUUGGAGACCCCCAGGGUAACAAUGGCCCUGUGAGGCUCUGCCGCCCAUGCCAAUGCAAUGACAACAUCGACCCGAACGCAGUGGGAAACUGCAAUCGCUUGACAGGAGAGUGCCUGAAAUGCAUCUAUAAUACUGCUGGCUUUUAUUGUGAUCGAUGCAAAGAUGGCUUUUUUGGAAAUCCCUUGGCUCCCAAUCCAGCAGACAAAUGCAAAGCCUGCAGUUGUAACCCAUAUGGGACAGUCAAGCAGCAGAGGAGCUGCAACCCUGUGACCGGGCAGUGCGAGUGUCUCCCUCAUGUGUCUGGUCGAGACUGUGGUGCUUGUGACCCUGGCUUCUACAACCUGCAGAGUGGGCAAGGCUGUAAGAGGUGUAACUGCCAUGCUUUGGGUUCGACCAAUGGGCAGUGUGAUAUCCACAGUGGCCAGUGUGAGUGCCAGCCUGGCAUCACCGGUCAACACUGUGAGCGCUGUGAGGUCAACCAUUUUGGGUUUGGACCUGAAGGCUGCAAACCUUGUGACUGUCAUCCUGAGGGGUCUCUUUCACUUCAGUGUAAAGAUGAUGGUCGCUGUGAAUGCAGAGAAGGCUUUGUGGGAAACCGCUGUGACCAGUGUGAAGAGAACUAUUUCUACAAUCGGUCUUGGCCUGGCUGCCAGGAGUGUCCAGCGUGUUACCGACUAGUGAAGGAUAAGGUUGCUGAUCAUCGAGUGAAACUCCAGGAAUUAGAGAGUCUCAUAGCAAACCUUGGGACUGGGGAUGAGAUGGUGACAGAUCAAGCCUUUGAGGACAGACUGAAGGAAGCAGAGAGAGAGGUUAUGGACCUUCUUCGUGAGGCCCAGGCUGUCAAAGAUGUAGAUCAAAACUUGAUGGAUCGACUUCAGAGAGUGAAUAAUACCCUGUCCAGCCAGGUUAGCCGUUUACAGAACAUUCGGAAUACCAUUGAAGAGACUGGGAGCUUGGCUGAGCAGGCACGGGCCCGAGUAGAGAACACAGAGCAUCUGAUUGAAAUCGCUUCCAGAGAACUGGAGAAAGCGAAAGUCGCUGUUGCCAAUGUGUCAAUCACUCAACCAGAGUCAACUGGAGACCCAAACAACAUGACUCUCUUGGCAGAGGAGGCCCGAAAACUUGCAGAACGCCAUAAACAAGAAGCUGAUGACAUUGUACGAGUGGCAAAGACAGCCAAUGAUACAUCUACUGAGGCUUACAAUCUGCUUUUGAGGACCCUGGCAGGAGAAAAUCAAACAGCAUUUGAGAUUGAAGAGCUUAAUAGGAAGUAUGAACAAGCAAAGAAUAUCUCACAGGAUCUAGAAAAGCAAGCUACCCGUGUUCUUGAGGAGGCCAAGCGGGCUGGUGAAAAAGCUGUGGAGAUCUAUGCCAGUGUGGCCCAGCUGGCCCCUGUGGACUCAGAGGCCCUGGAGAAUGAAGCAAAUAAAAUAAAGAAAGAAGCUGCUGAUUUGGACCGUCUGAUUGAUCAGAAGUUAAAGGAUUAUGAGGACCUCAGAGAAGACAUGAUUGGGAAGGAAUUGGAAGUAAAGAAACUUCUGGAGAGUGGAAAAGUUGAACAGCAGACUGCCGACCAACUCCUGGCCCGUGCUGAUGCCGCCAAGGCUCUUGCUGAAGAAGCUGCUAAAAAGGGACGAAAUACUUUACAGGAAGCCAAUGACAUUCUCAACAAUCUGAAAGAUUUUGACAGACGCGUGAAUGACAACAAGACCGCUGCAGAAGAGGCGCUGAGGAGGAUUCCCGCCAUUGAACAGACCAUUGCUGAAGCCGAUGAAAAGACUCGGGAUGCACGGCUGGCCCUGGGCAGCGCAGCGGCGGAUGCCACGGAAGCCAAGAACAAGGCUUUCGAGGCCGAGAGAAUCGCGAGUGCAGUCCAGAAGAAUGCUACGAGCACCAAUGCAGAAGCGGAACAGACCUUUGCAGAAGUUACAGAUCUGGAUAAGGAAGUGAACAGUAUGUUGAGGCAGCUGCAAGAAGCAGAGAGAGAGCUGAAGAGAAAGCAGGAUGAUGCUAACCAGGACAUGAUGAUGGCCGGGAUGGCUUCACAGGCAGCUCAGGAAGCUGAUAUCAAUGCUAGAAAAGCCAAAAACUCUGUCAACAGCCUCCUCAGCAUGAUUAACGACCUCUUGGAGCAGCUGGGGCAGCUGGACACAGUGGACCUGAAUAAGCUUAAUGAGAUUGAAGGAACCCUGAACAAAGCCAAAGAUGAAAUGAAGGUCAGUGAUCUUGAUAGGAAAGUGUCAGACCUGGAGUAUGAAGCCAAGAAGCAGGAGGCUGCCAUUAUGGACUAUAACCGAGAGAUCGAGGAGAUCAUGAAGGACAUUCGCAACCUGGAGGACAUCAAGAAGACCUUACCGUCUGGCUGCUUCAAUACCCCGUCCAUCGAAAAGCCUUAGCCUUGGGAGGGCUGGAAGGCAGCAUCCCCUGACAGGGGGGCACUUGUGAGGCCACAGAGUGCCUUGACACAAAGAUGACAUUUUUCAGACCCCCACUUCUCUGCUGCUCUCCAUCACUGUCCUUUCAAACCAGGAAAAGUCACAGAGUUUAAAGAGAAGCAAGUUAUACACCCUGAACCGGGAACAAAGGGUUUGAUUUAUAAUAAAGUCUCUCUUCCACUCACAUUGCUACCUUACCCGCACUUUCCCUUUUGAUUUGCUUGAGGAUAUGGCAUCCUGCGGUGGCAUAAACACUUCGUGUGAACCCGCCAGUGCCAGGGCAGAGCAAGCAGCCCGCCACCCCUCUUGCAUCGAUACCAGCAGAACCUCCUCAGUCGCAGUACCCUUGUUUCUCUGAAGGAAAAGUUUGGCUACUAACCCUAGAAUUGUGAUGGCCAGUAUAUCCAGUUCAUGGAUUAAGAAAAUGCAUCUGCAUUUUCUGCCCUUCUCCUUUUAAGCAAAAGGAAAUAAACAUCCUGUGCCAAAGGUAUUGGUCAUUAGAACAUCAGUAGCUAUCCAUCAGUCAUGCUAGCUGUUUUGAGUAUAGGACACUGAGUCAUCCACGGGUAAGAAUGCAGUUAUUUAUGAGUCUCCAAGAGAAGCUGGCAGAAGUCAACUGAAGAUUUUCUCAUAUUAGUAAUUGACUAAGAAGAUGAACUUUUUUCAGAUCUUUGGGCAGCUGACAAUUUAAAUCUGGAUGGGCAGCUUACACUCACCAUUAGAGCAGUAGACAUCUUUUAAUAUUCUGAAGUUACACAGAAGAAACAACAGGGAUAUGAUAACCACUAAAGUUUUUCCACGUCAGACUAAUUCUUAGUUUUUUUUUUAAAGUAUGUUAGUCUUGGAACUAGUGUUGAAAUAUCUGUUAGAGAACAGUUGUUCCCUAAGAUCUGGACAAAGACAAAUGUCUAGUCUUUCCUUAGAAAGGGAUCAAACAGAUGCAAGUUGUAGUGUCAGGAUCUCAUAUAUGCUUU